GAGGCGUCUUCAUUCACUAACAAACUGUGAGGGGGAUCCUGCGCUGUCGUGGUUUCACUGUCACGCUCAAUAUUACAUUGGACAAUGCUGCGAGUCAGGUGUCUGAGAGGAGGUAGCAGAGGGGCCGAGGCUGCCCAUCUGAUCGGAGCCAUGCUCGGCCGAUCAGUGACUGGAUGGGUGCAGAGGGCCUUCCAGAGCACUUCCAGUGCAGCAGCUGCACAGCCGCAGCAUGUAGCUGAACACGUUGCUGUGCCUGCCCUGCAGGAAUGUCCCGUCUGCAGCUACAAUGAAUGGGACCCUCUGGAGGAGGUGAUCGUGGGUCGUGCUGAAAACGCCCAAGUGCCUCCUUUCACUGUGGAAGUGAAAGCUAACACAUAUGAGAAGUAUUGGCCCUUCUACCAGAAGCAUGGGGGCCAGUCUUUUCCUGUGGACCACUUGAAAAAAGCUGUUGCUGAGAUUGAGGAAAUGUGCAAUAUUCUACAACACGAGGGCGUCACUGUGAGGAGGCCAGAGCCCAUCGACUGGUCCCUGGAAUACAAAACUCCAGACUUCGUAUCAUCAGGCAUGUAUGCUGCCAUGCCCAGAGACAUCCUUAUGGUUGUGGGGAAUGAGAUUAUUGAGGCUCCUAUGGCUUGGAGGGCUCGCUUCUUUGAGUACAGAGCUUAUAGGCCUCUGAUCAAGGAGUACUUCAGAAACGGUGCCAAGUGGACCACUGCUCCUAAACCCACUAUGGCUGAUGAGCUUUAUGAUCAGGACUACCCCAUCCGCACGGUGGAGGACAGACACAAGCUGGCUGCCCAGGGGAAGUUCGUGACCACAGAGCACGAGCCCUGUUUCGAUGCUGCGGACUUCAUCCGAGCUGGGAGGGACCUUUUUGUCCAGAGGAGUCAGGUUACAAACUACAUGGGAAUUGAGUGGAUGCGCCGUCAUCUGGCGCCAGACUACAAGAUCCACAUCAUCUCAUUCAAGGACCCUAACCCCAUGCACAUUGAUGCCACUUUUAACAUCAUCGGGCCAGGACUGGUGCUGUCUAACCCUGAUCGUCCUUGUCGCCAGAUCGACAUGUUCAAGAAGGCUGGUUGGACUAUUGUGAAACCUCCGACACCUCUGAUUCCUGAUGACCACCCACUGUGGAUGUCCUCCAAGUGGCUGUCCAUGAACGUCCUCAUGUUGGAUGAGAAGCGUGUUAUGGUCGACGGUAACGAAAGCACCAUUCACAAAAUGUUUGAGAGCCUCGGUAUCAAGACCAUAAAGGUGAAUAUUCGCCAUGCCAACUCCCUGGGUGGUGGCUUCCACUGCUGGACCACUGAUGUCCGUCGCCGUGGUACCCUGCAGUCCUACUUCCACUAGCCUUGCCAGAAACAGGCAGUUUUUAUUGAGCUUUAAAGAUUAAAGCAUCAGUGUGGAAUCUUUAUUGUCAGUCACUUGUGUAUGUACUCACAAAUCUACUGUUAGGCAAAUUUCCUAAAAGCGUAUUUUGAAAUCUGUGUGUUUGGUGCCACCUGCUGCAAAAUCAAAUGUGAAGAAUUUAUUCUUCAAACCUGUGACAAACUAAUAAUGCAGCGAUCUUUAUAACGACCCGUGGCGCCAAAGUCCUAUUCUGGGAUGGAUCUUUAAAUGAUCGUGUAUGAAUUGUUUUGAUUUGACAUUGCUGUGCAUCACACAGUGCUUUUGCACACAGCUUUGUUCAGAUAUUUAAGCGACAAAUUAACUUUACUUCAAUCCGUAAUCUCAAUAUUAACUGCAUUUCUGGCCUGGCUAUUGUGAAGCUGAAUCGUUUAUGGCUCAAACAUCUGAACGCCAUAACUGCGAGGACAAGGUACAAUUUGGUAUGUGAAAGUCAUCAAACAAGGAGGAGAGAAGCUACCUCCUCAUGGAAACUUCAGACAUCAUUAUUCUUUCUUUUUCCAAAGUAUUUUUUUUUUAUUUAAAGGAAUGUAUAAAAGUUGUUAAGUAGGUCAUUAAACUUUAAAUUUUUUAUCGCUAGUAUAUUUUGUAAAGAUUUUAAUUGAUUGAACAGACAAAGUUCUAUUUAUAUUUUUCAUACUCUUUAUUGGAUUUCCCGACAAUUACUGUUUUUAUAUAUUUACUUUAAAAGUAUGCGGUCCAUAUCAUAUAUUGUACACCUUUUGCCUUUUCUCCUAUUGCAAAUCUGGGCCAGUUAUAUGCUACUAGUCAUUCUCACUGAACUGAUUGGCUGCUUUUGUGUGCAAAGCAAAAAUGCUUGUUUUGUUGUGAAGAUGUUUUAUGAUUCCUUUGCUGCAUCUACAGUUGGCUAUAGGAUUUAUCUCUUCAGGUCUGCCUUGAUAUUUAUUUUAAAAACAAUGAAUUCAAGGGAAGGUAUGAUGGCAAGUGAUGUUUUGUAUUGUGGAAUGUUAAUAAAUGCCAUUAAAAAACUUGUAUGUCG